AGACGCUCUUUUCCUCCGCCGCACUCAGACUCUCGCGCACAGACACGGAGAGAAGAACAAGACUCUGCCUUACUGAACAAACACCAGGAGGGAUCCAUUCAAACAAGCGCACCGAGAGAAAAACACAAAACCAGAAAAAGAAAAAAGAAAGAAACAAGGAAUACAUUAAAUAUAGAACCGGGACAAUUGCAAGGAAUACAACUUUUUCUUAAUUUUUGAACCAAGACUUUUGGAGGUUUUGUCAUGAUGAUUUUCAGUGCGGUUCUCCUGCUGCUUCACGCCUUGGCGGUGUCCAGACUGGCCAGUGGUGCUGCGGUCGACAGGUAUGAGAGCAACAGGCAGCAGUGGCACACGGCUGUGAUCAACUUUGUGGACACGACCAAAGACAGGAGGGCAGAGGAUGAGAGUGUGACGACAGUGGAAUACGGCCAGCAAAGCGAGGAAGAGGAGUAUGAUGACGACUACUAUGAAGACGAGUACGAAGACAGCAUGUCGGGGGAAGAUGAACUAGAACUGCCACGAGUUGCCAUGUCGAGCAAACCCAAAAAUCCCUCUGCCAUCCUGGAGACUGAAAUCACCGACGGAAAGAGAAGGAGAGGAAAGGGAAGAAAGAAGGCCAAGGGAAAGGGAAAGAAGAGGAAUCCCUGUCUGAGGAAGUAUAAGGAUUUCUGCAUUCACGGCACCUGCCAGUACCUGAAGGACAUCCACGCCCCAGCCUGUGUGUGCCUUCCAAAUUACUCCGGUGAAAGGUGUGAGUUCAUCACGCUGCUGCCUGUGCAGUCCCCCGAGGGCUACAGCCGGACCACAGCUCUGGCUGUGGUGGCGGUGGUGCUGUCGUCCGUGUGUCUCACCAUCAUCGGCCUUUUACUAAUGCUCAGGUUUCACAAGCGGGGAGCUUAUGAUGUGGAAAACGAGGAGAAGGUCAAACUAGGGUUAGCGUCAAACCACUGAAGAGACAGUGAGGGGAGAAGAUGCAGAAAGUCUACCUCAAAAUAGUAAAAGAGAAGUGAACCAAGAAAGGAGGUCCUACAGGUAAAAGGAACGUACACGAAGAAAGGAGCAGAGGGUUCUGUCUGUGUGAUCCUCUACUGGACGUUCACAUGAACGUAUUCCUGUAGACCUCAGAAGUAACCGGGCCGCCUCAUACUGGAAUACUAAACGGCCCAGAUGAUGGAGCAGAGACACGACAAGCGCGAGGUGAUGAAGACGAAGGAAGGAGGAGAAGAAGGGACAAGUCUCGACUCUGUGCUGCUUCUUGAAUGUGUGAAAACUCAUCUCAGACUGAACUGAACCAGAAAAUCUUCCUCUUUCUUUUUUUUUUUAACAAAUAUGAGAGCUCAACCUGGAUUUUGUUUUCUUUCGCUGCACAAGUCCAUCCUUUUGUGUACAGUAAACAGUAUAUUUAUAAUUCUAAUUUAUUUAUUUAAGCUAACUGUAUUUAUAGAGAUUUUUAACCACCUUCAGCAGUUUUUAAAGUAAUGAUGUUACAGUUGUUUUUAUAUUUCCUAUUGGGACGAUAUUUAUUAAUGAAACGUUAAAGCAAACGAUGCAGAAGCUCCUGAAGUGAUAUAAGUACUUCAUGAAAAAAAGGAUAUGAUAUGAUAAAAAAAAAAAAAAAUUGGCACUCGGCAGAUGAUCAAUCGCACUGUGAUUAAUACGUUGAUCAUUAAAUUGACACUGUCCAUGAGCGUCCUGCUCAUGUUCACACAGUUACACACACACCUGGAAACGGCUGUGUAUAACUAGUGUGAGCAGGUUGGGGGUUCACCGUUUUGCUCAAAGGCUCAGAUGCUAAAGAAUGACCAGUGAGUCCUGCGCUUUUCUGUCACACAGCAAAAUGUAUCCUGCAGGUUCGGGGAUCUCAAGGUCGCGAUAGGGUUUGUUUUACGAGUCAGUGUAAUAACAUUAUGAUAUUUCUCGAUGUCUAUUCAUUCAUAGUCGGCAACAGAAACACUGUGCACUCCAAGUACGUCUUGCUAAGAAACAUUUUAAAGGGGAGUCAAAACUGAAAAAAAGAAAAAAAAAGAAAUGCACUGUAGCAAGAUUUUAGUAUGAAUAUGUUGUGCUGUCAUGUUGUUGUCUUACACGAGAAAUUCCCUCAGAUUCAAGUUAAGCUGUCAAGGAAAAACAAUGUGAAUUCAAGUGUUCCACCCUUUCAAAUCCUGUCCUGCAGUUUUGAAGUGAUGUUUAUCGAUUUUUUUUUUCAGAGCAAAAUAAAAAUAAAACCAAAAAUGAAAAACA